AUGACCUCGCCGCAGGCAUUGUACCCCCGGCUGGCGCCCGGCAUGCGCCUAUUGCAGCUCCUGCAUGGCGGGCCCUUCGGAUACUCAUUCUAUCAAAUCACGGCACUCGUCCUGACGUUCUUCGUCUACAUGUCGUACCACGCGUCGCGGAGGCCCAUAAGCAUCGUCAAAUCGGCGCUGAACCCCACGGGCGACAGCGGAUGCUGCGGGGACGACUGCGACGUGUCGGGCGUGAAAGCCGUGCGGAUGCUGGGCGAGUCGGUGGACGAGGGCUGGGCGCCUUUCGACGGAAAGUGCGGGGAGAGCAGGCUGGGAUACCUGGACACCGCGUUCCUCAUUGCGUACACUGUCGGCGUCUUCUCCUCUGGACACAUCGGCGACAGGACGAAUCUGAGGCAUUUUCUGCUGUUCGGAAUGAUCGGCAGCGGUGUCAUGAUAUCUUUUGUUGGCCUGGCGUAUUUCUGGGGGAUCCACAGCUAUGGCUAUUUUCUGCUUUUUCAGGCUUUGACAGGAAUGUUUGAGGGCACAGGAUGGCCUAUCGUUGUGUCAGUGGUUGCACACUGGUUUGGAAAAGGCCGUCGCGGGCUCAUCAUGGGCAUCUGGAAUUCGCACACUUCAGUUGGAAACAUGCUGGGCUCUUUCAUGGCAGCGUCUGUUGUGGGUGCUGGCUGGGGGUAUUCAUUUAUAUUGUUGGCUGCUUUAAUUUCAGGUGUUGGUGUGAUAGUGUGGCUCUUUUUGGUUCCGUUGCCUGCUGAGGUGUGCUAUGAGGCGCCAGACACUGUGGAACAUGCUCCUGAAGGGACGCGACCUGAUGAAGAAGCUCAGGCCAGUUAUGAGCCCUUGCUCAAUCAGGAGGCCACAGUGAAGCCUGCACAGGAGGGGAUCAGCUUCUUUGAUGCCUGGAAAAUACCUGGCAUCGUGGCCUAUGCGUUUGCUCUUUUCUUCAGCAAGCUGGUAGCAUACACUUUCCUGUUCUGGCUCCCCUUUUACCUCACGGAGGAUGGUGCUGACGUGUCGCCAAAGCGAGCUGGCGACCUGAGCAUCCUGUUUGACUUGGGGGGCAUCUUUGGAGGCAUCGCAGCAGGCCAGCUGUCUGACGUGACGGGUGCCAGUGCUUCAGUUGCCACAGGGUUCACACUCUUGGCGAUGCCGGCAAUACUAGGAUACAAAUAUCUAGGCAAUGUUUCUGGGGGUUUUAGCAGCUUCCUCCUUGUUGUGACUGGGUUCUUUGUCAAUGCACCAUAUGCCUUGAUCACCACAGCAGUGUCUGCAGACCUGGGGACUCAUGAGAGCAUCGCCGGGAAUCACAAUGCGCUGUCAACCGUCACUGCGAUUAUUGAUGGCAUGGGGUCCUUGGGAGCCACUGCUGGGCCAAUGCUGACAGGGCAGAUUCUGGCCAGUGGUGGCACCACGACAGGGGCCUUCAACAAAAUGUUCAUGAUGCUGAGUGGAUCUUCCUUGAUGGCAGGCAUUCUGUUGUGUGGGCAAGUUUGGAAGGAGUGCAAAACUCACUGGAAAUGGCAAGAAGAAAAAACGGUUUCUAGAGAGGCUCUGGAUGGGUUGAACGAUUAUUUGCCCUGA